AUGUCCAAAGCAUCCAUUUCCAGUGUUGUAAUAGCCGGUGGCACCGGACGCCUCGGUCCAUCAACCAUCAAGCAUUUGUUGCAGAACGGGUUCAACGUCAGCGUGCUGACUCGCGACCCCUCAUCAGCAAAGCUUCCCGAGGAAGUCCAAGUCAUCAAAGCAGAUUACACUUCGGCCGAGACCCUCACUCCCAGCCUAACAGGACGCAGUUUUGAUGCGAUAGUCAUCAUCCUCAAUCGACUCGCUUACGAUGCAUCGAUCAUCACAUUACAAGCAGCUGUCAACGCUGGUAUUUACCGAGCUAUCCCGUCUUACUUUGGCGUGUCGAUGGAUAAUCCCGAGAUCGCCAACAUGCCUUUCAUGAGGACAAAGCUCCCGGUGUAUAGGGACGUUGAAGACAAAGCCUCAAAGGGCCUAAUCACGUAUACUGGUAUAAACACCGGCAUGUUCCUUGACUGGGUUCUCGAUGAAGAUAUCUUUGUCGGACUAUCGGGUAAAAUUCCCACCCGCGUGGCAGAUGGCGGGGACAUACCAAUGUCCGCGAGUACCCUUGACGACAUCGGAAAGGCCAUCGCAGCAGUCCUGUCGAAACCUGAAGAGUCCGUCAACAAAGUCUACUACAUGCAUACAGUGGUGAUGACACAGAACCAAGUCUUGGACUACGCUCGUCAAGCUGCCCCGGAAAAAGAGUUUGUUGUCGAGCAAGUUGAUACAGCAGUCCUGGUUGAAGCUGCGUGGAAGAGAUGGGACCAGGGCAUUAGAGACCGCAUUUCGACGCGAGACUUUGUCAUACGAGCGAGCUAUGGUCUAGGUAAUGGAUUCUUUCACAAAACAGAUAAUGCGUUUUUGGGUAUUCGGCAGUGGGAUGAUGAAGAGCUUAAGAAGGAGAUCUUUCGACGAGUGCAGGGAAAUCAACCCAUCGUUUGA